AGUCGUGACUCCUGACUGUAGACAUGAGCUGAUGCUCAGCGAAGGGAUACAGUCCAGUCAGGCAUCAGCAAGAGCCUUCUGAAAGCUGUUACCGAGCACGAAAGCCGAGCAGUUCUCAAAUAAAUGUUCUCAAUCGAGACAGUUUUCAGCUUGGUUUAGUGUACGACUUCCUUGCAAAUGCAGCCAGCUUCAAUCAGAACCGCUUGAGCUCAUCGUCGACGGCUGGUACCUUUUGAUAAUCUCCUGGCCCUUUCUUCUGGACCUCCUAGCUUCAGCCUUCUGACAGUCUCAAACCGAAGACAUCAAUCGAUUUAAUUUGUUUUUCUUCGCGAUGGGUUGCCUCGAGGAUUCCAAGAAGAGCCACCCUCCCCCGAACUCCAAGUCAUGCAUCAAGUGCCUGACGCCGUACGCCAUCGCCCUAGGCGUGCUCGUCGCCAUGAUGACCCUCUUCCACGUGUCACCAUCGCAGCCGUCGCCUGGAUUAAUCGGCUCGUCCGUCGGUGGUUACCUUCCGCCGAAUCUCGGCUGGGUCGCGUUUCUGUUUCCCAGCACGAGCAAGAUCGACGCGACGAUCUGCCGAGCGGAGGAGAACUACUGGGAGAACAUUGAGCACAGACGCGACAUAUUCCAUGGCGUGCUGCAGCCGAUUCUGGGCAACACGGUGCGCAUGAAGGAGCUGGUGCUCAUCCCCACGUACACGUGCCCCCUCAAUGAGAGGAUCGGCAAGUGGGGCGACGGCGGAAAGUGGGCGUGCAUGCUUCCCUCUGCCAUUCAGAAGAAAGACCCAGUCGUUUACAGCAUCGGGAGUUUCGGCAUGUACUCGUUUGAGAAGGAGAUGCACCGAAUGCUGAGGACCAAGCCCUACACCUUCGACCCCUUCCUGCCGCCUGCGAAGCGCGCCGUCAUGGCGUCCCUCCCCUUCCUCCACUUCCUCGAGAUCGGCCUCUCGGGAUCCGCCACCCUCCCCUCCUACCGCUCCAAGUUCCCCGAGAAAACGUUUUCGACGCUGCCCGAGAUGAUGCGGCAGUUCGGGCACACCUACGUGGACGUGUUUAAGAUCGACUGCGAGGGGUGCGAGGUGGAGUUGCUAAGGGAUCUGGGAGAGGAGUAUAACAACACCGGGAAGAGGCUGGCCGUGCAUGGGGGAAAGCUGCCAUUCGGUCAAAUUCUCAUCGAAUUCCACAACAUGGGUGAUUCCGCCAAGACUCUGACGAUGUUCUACACUCUGGAGAAUCUCGGGUACCGCAUGUUCAGCAUAGAGUACAACCACCGCUGUGCCGCCUGCUGUGAGAUGAGCUUCAUUCACGAGAGCCUUGUGCGCCCAGAUAGCGCCACAGAUUGCCGUCCGUUCCUGGCGCCGCCCCUCGAGGACGGGCUGGAGGUGGAGGUGGUGUCUGAGGGAGGUGGUGCUGCUGAUGGUGGUGCCGCUGCUGGUGAUGCUGCUGAUGGUGGUGCCGGUGCUGGUGAUGCUGCUGAUGGUGGUGAUGCUGGUGAUGGUCCUGCUGGUGAUGCUGCUGGUGGUGCUGGUGAUGCUGCUGAUGGUGCUGGAGAUGCUGUUGCUGGUGCUGAUGCUGGUAGUGCUGGUGAUGCCGAAAGUACGGGUGGUGAUGCUGAUGGUGCGGAUGCUUCUGGUGCACCUGCUGAUGAUUCUGCUGGUACUGGUGAUUCUGCUGUUGCUGAUGUUGUGGCGGAAGGUGAGGGGGUCGAGUCUGCAAGUGAUACUAAUGAGUCUGGGAAAGCAACUGUGGAAGAGUCUGCUGGUGAUACUAACGAGUCAGGGAAAGCGGCAGUUGAAAAUUCUCCAGGUGAGGCAAGAGAGGACGAGGUUACUGAGGGGGAGGGGGAGACAGCGAGUGAGAAAGUGAGUGUUAGUAGGAAGGUGAGGGGUGGAGGGGAGGGCACGAAGAAGAGCAAGAAGGAGAGUAUGAAGGUUAAAAGCAAGAAAGUGCGCAAGGUAGAGAGCAAGGAGAGUAAGGUGAGGAGCAAGAAGGCGAGUAAGGUAAAGAGCAAGAAGGAAAGCAUGAGGAAAGAAGAGGAGUAGUGAUGGUUGGGGUAUAUAGGUGGUCUUGGACGACAAAUAUUGAUGGGAGAAAGCUAAGGAGAUCUAGAACUACUUCAUAGGUUCGAAUAUUGCUUGUUAAUAGGAGUGUUGCCAUGCACAGUUACGAUAGGGAGCUUGCCUACCCUCUUCUUUGAGUGUGGCUUUAUCAAAUGUAUACGGAUCUUUUUAAACAUUAUCAGAUGCCACGGAU